AAACUUUUUGGCGACAUAAAUUCAAUACACAACAAGUGAAUUAAAGUGAAAAUUUAUCAUUAUUUGAUCACAUAAACCAUCCCCUUAAAAAACAAGCAGCAAAAAGACAUCCACAGCAGCAACAAAAAGAAAAGAAAAGCCGGCAAAAACCAUCAACCCUCUUUUGCAUGCAUCGAAAAGGAUAUACACAGUGAGUGAGAGAGAAUUUUGCACAUAAUUCACAAUAUAUGUAUGGUAUAGUACGCUCUUGAGUUGAAUGAAGGAACUAAACGCAAGCGCAAUAAUUUCUGAUUUUAAAAGCAUCAUAUUGGAUAAUUUCACUUGUAAAACAACAAUCGAGUGCAUCGAAUGUGGAUAUAGUUUGCUGUGAGCAGUCAGUCUUGUCAUCAAUUGUGUGAUAUUAAUUUGUGUAUUGGGAACUAGGAACGGAAAUUAAAUUCGUAACGAAUUGUGCUGACAAUGGAUGAUCAACCGAAGGAAGGUGGUGAAGGAGAUAAGAAAAUUGUCCACACAUAUGCACUAGUUAAGCAUUCCGACAUGAGUGACGACAUUAAAAACGAAGCAAUUGAAAUUGUGACGACAGCAUGUGAGAAGUAUGCACAAAAUUAUGAAUUGGCUGCAAAAACAGUUAAAGAAGCAAUGGAUAAAAAAUUUGGAUCAUUUUGGCACUGUUGCGUUGGUGAGGGCUUUGGAUUUGAGGUGUCGUACGAGACGAGAAAUAUUUUGUAUCUAUUUUUUGGUGGAAAUCUUGCUAUUGUCCUGUGGAAAUGUUCGUGAAAGUUAUUGAUGAUUAAAUAUAUGCUGUAAAUAAUUCUCUUCCAAAAAAUAUGUGAAAUUAUUUUGUACAAAUUUGAAUAAAUGGACAAUGUGGGGUGCAAUUUAUUGUCAAGCAUAAUUUAUGCUGUCAAAAGUGGUGUGAGACUUACGAAUUGUGACAAUCUUGGUUUGUUAAUGGAUGUUGGUGUUAUUUAAAUAUUAAAUUGUGUGUGAUUAAUGGUAAAUUUGAUGUCAAAAAAGACAGCAUAUGUCUAGUCAGCUUGAUCGAAAUUAUCGUAUCCCAGAUUGUCCAUCAAAUGUAGAUGUUGACUUUAUAUUAAUUAUUUAUCAAUAAAAUAAGUGAAAUAAAAAAAAAACUAUUUUUGGG